AUGCGGCAAAGCGAGGGAUGCGCGUUUGUGGCGGGUUACCGGCGUCGCAGAGCAUCGAUGUCCGCCGUGCCAACCGUGGCACUGCUGUUGCUGCUGCUUGUGGCUGGUAACGCUGCAGCCCGCCGGUGCACAACCGCGGAUAUCAUGUACUACUUCUUGCCGUGUGAUAAGCAGACGGGCAAGGUGACCGUCCUGUCGUACCUCAGCAGCGACGCGGAUUGCGAGCAGGGGGAUCUUGUCGUGCCGCGCCCACGCACCACUGCUUGUUACGGCUGUACAGAUGGCUAUCACCUGGACCCGGUGUUGCUUGAGUGUGCCCUGUGUCCAGCCGGCACCUACUCCUCAUACACGACCCGCUACUCGAUCUUUGAUCCCUUGCCGGAAGGAAUGAGAACGUACUGCAGUCCGGAGCCAUGUGCGUCGUGGAGCGCCGUGGAGGAUACUUACGGGACGGUCGUCUCCUCGGGUGUGCAGCCGACCGAGGACCGUCCCAUGACGCAGUGGGGUACGAUCGACGAGUCGGUGGAGUCCACGCUGGAAUUCGUGGUUGACGUCACUGAGAGCAGCGGUUCGCUCGAGUUCGAUUACUCGAUCUCGUCUGAGGAGAUGUACGACGGACUCGUGCUGCGCCUAAACAACUCCGUUGUCAGAAACCCGAACAUGGAGGUUGGUAGGUACCGAUUUUUCGCCACGGGGGUGCACCGCGACUGGUAUCACGCCUCCCUACCGCUGUCGCACGGUUCCACCCAGGUUCAGUUUGACUACAUGAAGGACAGCACCGGUCCACUCUACGGCGAGGAGCUCACCGGCGUGAAUGAUCGGGCGCUGUUGCGCAACAUUGUCGUCAAAGGCACGCGCAAGAGUGUGGCAGAGAUGCAUUGCGUCAGGUGUCCACUCGGGCACUGGACGGCCACUGAGGGCACUGGUGGUAUUGGCGCAUCCCAGUGCGUGCGAUGCCCACGGAACACAUACCGGGGGGAGGGCGAUACGCAGUGUCUCCGGUGCCCACCGGGCACCUCAUCGCCAGGGGGCGCUAGCAGGUGCACUCCCAUGCGCGCGUGCGGGAGGAGCGACUACCUUGCGCAGUACGGCAGGUGCCGGAGUGACAACACGCGAGUGCGGAGCUGGGUCAAGUACGAGGGCGCAGACUGUGCUGAAGUGGAGGGCAGCAGACCGAUGACGACCAGGGUCGAAUGCGCGGGAUGUCUGCCGGGCAUGCGGCGUACAGACAGUCGAGGUCGGGGGGCGUGUGUCGGUUGCCCUGCGGGUGAGUACCUCUUCGGCAAUAGGUGCGAAGUGUGUCCAUUGGGGACGGCCGCCAUACCCAGGCUGGUGUACAGCAGUGGCUUCGACAGCCUCGGCGGUGAUGUGAAGGCCCUGCCAGGGACCUCGAUGUCGCGCAUAUACUGCACAGGCUCUGCGAGCCGCUGCCAAACGGAGGAGGGGAGAGGCUUUGAGCUUGUGGCGCUUCCGUUCGCGGAUGAGGACAAUACGCUGAUCGGCAUUCGACAAGAACACUUUGCCGGCUCGACCUACUCGCUGGCCACCCUCAACUACACCUUCAAUGCCGAGGAAGACGGCUGGGUGAACAUCACCUUCGCGUAUGUCGACGCUGAGGGCAAGUACGUGCAACGGCUGGAUUGGCGGACGACCUUGAACGUGCGGGUCAUCGUGAACGACGGCGCCGAAUAUGUGGUCCGAAGUGUUGCGACUCACACACGGGGUCUUAACUCGGUGUGGUACUCUGUUCUUGUGCCGUAUUUCGUCGAUUCGGCGCUUCCUGCCAGCGGCUCCGGCUCGAAGCUGCGAGGCCUGCAGCACCGCCUAAACUGGGUCGUUGAGGAGCUCGCCGACACAUCAAACCCGAUCUCAGUCGUGAUCGUGGGCCUGGAAGUGUUUGGCGAUGUAUCCGGCGGCGUGCAGGCGUGUCAACCCUGCCGAGCCGGGUUCAGCUGCCCAUCACGCGCGGCGAAGAUGACUCCAUGCCCACCUGGCACCGUGCAACCCGCCGUGCGAGCGCACCGGUGCGUGGGGUGCACCGGCAACACCUACGCUCCCGGAUACGGCUUCACGACAUGCCUUCAGUGCCCGAGCAGCGCGACGGUGAACGCAGACCACACGGGCUGCAGCUCCACUUGCGUGUUCGAAAGAAACGGCAUGAUAUACAACUUCAGCGAUCUGCGAGGCGUCGUCUUGAAUACAACGACGCCGUUCAUGCCGAUACUGAACACGUCCAUGUCGAACAUGACGGUCGAGGAGGCAGACAAGGCCAAUAUACCCCGCUUCUACUACUCUCCAUGCGACCCGCUCCCGGUUCCAGAUGCCUGGACCAUUUCCGAGAGCGACGCUGCCUUCGCCCCGGUCACGCGCGAUGGGCUGUGCGUGCCUUCAGAGCGCGUCCGCAACAGCUCCUCUAGCGCGUACGUGUGUCAGCGAACUUCAGCCACCAACGGGCACCACUUUGGUGACGCCGUUGGGCACAUGGACGUCGGUCGGCAUCUCUACCAGGUGACGCAGUUAGGUAGCCCAUACACCUUCUACGGCGUCGAUACCUCCAUGAGCGACUGGGUCUACGACCUACGGACCAACUACAUGGCGUUUAUCGAACUGGAAUGCAGCACGAACGCCGGUGAGCCAAAGUUCGGCACACUGCAGUACAUCAGCGAGGGCGAUGAGGCCCUGAUCCUUCGGUGGCGCUCUUCCUACGCGUGCCCCCUCUGCACAAACGAAAGCUAUGAAAAAGUGGAGACGAGCUGCGAUGAUCCUGGCGUAACGACGCGGCGGGUGUACUACACCUUACGCUGGGAUAGUAUCCACUGCCUCGGCGGCUACGUGCCGCCAGACCCGAUUAUUGUGAAGUGCACCGAGUGCACCCUCGACUCCUACACCGUGCGCUGGCUGGAGUGCAACUCAUCUACACGCACACAGGAGGGUGUCUAUGUACUUCUACCCGACCGCGCGAACUGCACACCAGGUGCCUCGCCGCUGCCCCCUGUGAAGCCGCGUCCUUGCAAUCCAUCCGGCGGUGCCUCUGGCAGGGGUACCUCUCGCAGAACGGUGGUGGUGCUCCUCGUGAUUCUCGGGCUCGUUCUAGGUGGAUUGGCAGUGAUGACGGUGUUCUACCGUCGUCUGCGGGAGCGUGUCGCACGCGCGGCACGUGGAGAAGGAGCGGAGCUGGACGCCUACGGCGGCAUCUUGGACGACUCAGAUGAUCAUGACGACGGAGGCGACCCUUCGGAGCCGUCAUCGUUGGAGCGCGACCGUACGGCAGCGACAGUGCAGCAACUAUGGGGCGUGGUGGUAAGCAUGGGCCAGCACAUUCGCGACGCUGUCUCGCGCAACGACGCCAGAAGCGUUGGAGCUACUGCCCGUGCGUCUGCGGACGCUCGCAACAACUGGAACGGGUACGACUUCGCCGCCGCUUCGGAUGGCGGUAGCAGCGAGAGCGUCGGCGGCAGUGGCAGUGGCAGCGGCAAUGGCAGCGGCAACGGCAGCGGCAGUGCGGAUCGUGAGGGCCAUGCACAGACUGUCUUUUCUCUCGCCGCCACUGACGACGAUCUCUUACCGGGACUUCGCUAG